UAGUUUGUUAUUUUCAAAUUGAAUUUGGAUUUUUUAAUUUUUAAAAGGCUGCGGUAAAGUUUUUGACCUUCACGGAUAAUUUUUAUAAUUGAUGGGUUAUCGUUAGAUUGAUAGGAUUAAAUGACAGCGAAUUUGAUAUAUUUUUGGUAUCAUUCGAUAGAGGACCCUCGACUUCCUAUUGCAAAGUAAUAUUUGUUUUCUUGCAAAACGACUUUAAGCCAAGUUAUGGCCAAUCAAAGUUUUCGGUCCUCGGGUGUAUUUGAGUAUAAGGAAGAGGAGAAAGGAAUUCCAAAAUUUCUUGGCGAAGCCGCAGCUUUUGGUGGUUCAAAUAUAGAGCCUUCUGUCCGUUCCUGUUUUGAACAUUCCAAAUUCCCUCCACAUAUAAAUUCUGAUCAAUUUCUUGAUUGGCUUAAGAGAGAGCCUCAAUCUUUAGUUUGGCUUCCAGUUAUGCACAGAUUAGCCUCUUCUGAAUUUGCAAAACAUCAAGCUAAAUGUAAUGCUUGUAAAAUGUUUCCGAUUGUUGGCCUUCGUUAUCGUUGUUUGCGUUGUUUUAAUUUUGAUAUUUGCCAAAAUUGUUUCUUUAGCCAAAGAAUUGCAAAAAGUCAUAAAUUAAAUCAUCCAAUGCAAGAAUAUUGUACUCCUACAAGUACUGGCGAUGAUGUUAGGGAUUUUACUGCAAUUAUUAAAAAUAAAGUACGUCAAGGAAAGGGAAGAAUUGGUUAUUUACCUGUUGAACAAAUAAAUGAAGGUCCACCACUUGAAUGUGCUGAACAAACACCACAAAAUUCUGAAACAGAAUCUAUACAUCAAAGGAUGCAUUUAAUUGCUUCUCGAUUAGAAAAAAGACAAAUUGAGGCAGCUGAACAUUUUCCUUUGGCUGUUAUUUUGCCUUCGGAUGUCAAAAUUAACGGAGUCGAAAAGAAUGGAAUAAUGGGUGUUGGUAUGCAUACACCAAUAAUGAUUGAUAAUGAAAAAAAUGAAAAAGAGAAUGAACUUAUUAAUGGAAAUAAACAACAAAACGAGAUUUCUCAAAAAUUGCCAGCAAUUCCCGGUUUAGCCCCAAACUAUCAAUCACCAGAAAUUCAGAUUUAUCACGAUCAACAAAGAAAUGCACAAAUUUCUGCGGUUGUUUUAGCUGCCCAACAAGAAGUUAAAUCCCCUAGUCAAUUGGUUACUCAAGUAGAUCAAGCAAGUAAAGAAGAAUUGGGGCAAUUAUUACAAAAAUUACAAUAUGAAAAUAUAGAAUUAAAAAGAAAAAUUGAGGAAAGAAGAAAGGCAAUUUAUUCAACAAAUAAUUUUUCUCAUCAAGCAACAACUUCAACACCAAAUUUACGAACACCUGUAAAUAAUGAAGAUUUAGAAAAAAUUGAAACUGAUUCUCAACAAAAACAAAUAAAUAUUGAAGAUGCACACAAAAUUCGUGCAAAAAGUAUUGGAACUGUUGGUCUUCCAACAAUAUUUUCACAACAAACAAUGUUGCCUCCCCCACGUAUUCAACGUCCAUUUCCAGUUCCUGAUCCAAUAACCGAACAAACAAAUGAUCAUCUUCAACAAAUGACAGUUCUUGUUGAGGCUCAAAAACUUAGAUUACACCAAAAAAGAUUAGAAGAAAGAGGAAUGGUACUUGAGGAACAAAAUAAACAAUUACAACAACAACUUGAUAGAUUACAAAAAUUAAUGGAAAAAAAAAAUGAAAUUAUUUUAACACCAACACAAAAACGUAUAGAUGAAGUCCAAACAGGUAUAGUCUCCUCUACAGAUGCAGAGGAUACAGAUAUGGAAAUGUUGGGAAUUAAUAGAAAAUCUGUUGGGGGAGGAUUAAGUUCUGGACAAAUUGGGACAGAAAUACGUAGAAAUAGAAUGGAUAGAUUAAGAGAAACAGUAAAUGAAUUAAAUAAAGCAAUGGAACAUUUUGUACAAUUUACUCAGCAUUGUAGUGCUGUAAGUGGAACAACUGCUGCCUUAAGAAGAGAUAUUGAAAAUGAAAAUGGUGAUGAUAAUGAAGAAGAAAAUGAUGAAUUAGAUAGUGGAACUGCUGAUCAAGAUUGUUUUGAGGAGAAAAAAGAUUAA